UUCAGCAGAAGGGGAAUAUGUUAGAAAGCCCUUGAGCCUUGAGGUGCCUCACAGACUUGAAGGAAGAUUCCAGGGCAUCUUCAAGAAUCUGGAAUCAGUACCACCAGGACACAGACACGUGUGCUCACUGUUUUUCUCUUUUUCGGUUUUCAUCUUCCAUCUCUGCUCACUUCUCUUUGGCUUUGGUGACACAAGAUUUUCUCCACAAGCUGGGGAACGUGGCUGCCAGCAGUUCCAGGGUCACAGCCUUAUAGUGUCUUUAAGAGAAAAGAGAGUCUUUCCUGCUGAUUCCAGGUAGAAAGAUCCCAGGGAAGGAUUCUGACUGAUUGAAUGGAGUCCUGUGAUUGGGUGGGCCUAGAUGCUUGUUCACCCCUGGGCUCAGAAGGCAGGGGGUAUUUUAAGAAGGGGCUGGUAAGCAGGGUAGACAAAAACCUCUUUUGUUUCGUAUCAGUCUCCCAGGUGACCAUGGAGGCCGGCGGCCUCCCCCUGGAGCUGUGGCGCAUGAUCUUGGGCUACCUGCACCUUCCCGACCUGGGCCGCUGCAGCCUGGUGUGCAGGGCCUGGCGUGACCUGAUCCUCAGUCUCGACAGAACUCGCUGGCGGCAGCUGUGUCUGGGCUGCAUCGAGUGCCGCCACCCCAACUGGCCCAACCAGCCUGAUGUGGAGCCCGAGUCUUGGAGGGAGGCCUUCAAGCAGCAUUACCUUGCCUCCAAGACGUGGACGAAGAAUGCCGCGAUCUUGGAGACCUCCGUCUGCUUUUCACUGUUUCGCCGGAGGAGGACGCGCCGUACCCUGAGUGUCGGGCCAGGCCAUGAGUUUCACAGCCUAGGCAGUGCCCUGGCCAUGGCCAGCCUAUUUGACCGCAUCCUGCUGUUCCCAGGUAUGCAUGAGGAGCAAGGUGAAGUCAUCCUGAAGGUGCCCGUGGAGAUCGUAGGCCACGGGAAGUUGGGCGAGGUGGCCCUGCUAGCCAGCAUUGACCAGCAGUGCUCCACCAUGCGUCUGUGCAACCUCGUCUUCAUGCCGGCCUGGUUCUCACCCUUCAUGUUUAAGACAACUUCGGGUCAUGUCCAGUUUGACAACUGCAACUUUGAGAAUGGGCAUAUCCAGGUCCAUGGCCCAGGCACCUGCCAAGUGAAGUUUUGUUCCUUCAAAAACACCCAUGUCUUUCUGCACAAUGUGCCGCUGUGUGUCCUGGAAAACUGUGAAUUUGUGGGCAGUGAAAACAACUCUGUGACUGUUGAGGGCCAUCCAUCCUCAGAAAAGAACUGGGCCUACGCGUAUCUCUUAGGGCUUAUCAAGUCCUCUCCCAGCGUGCUCCCCACAGAGGACUCUGACUCUUUAAUGUCCCUGGACCUGGAGAGCAGGGACCAGGCCUGGAGCCCGAGGACCUGUGGCAUUGUCAUUGAGGGCAGCCAGAGCCCUACCAGCCCAGCCUCUAGCUCCCCUAAGGCUGGCUCACAGGAGGCGGAGGUGGGCAGUGAUGUGGAAAGGGUGGCCCGGACCCCAGACAGCAGCGACGGAGGCCUGAGUCCCAGCGGCGAGGAUGAGGAUGAGGACCAGCUCACGUACAGACUGUCCUACCAGGUGCAGGGCCCGCGGCCAGUCCUGGGGGGCUCCUUUUUGGGCCCCCCACUGCCGGGAGCAUCCAUCCAGCUGCCCAGCUGCCUGGUGCUGAACUCACUGCAGCAGGAGCUACAGAAGGACAGGGAGGCGAUGGCACUGGCCAGCUCCGUGCAGGGCUGCCUCAUCCGCAAGUGCCUCUUCCGGGACGGGAAGGGAGGCGUCUUCGUUUGCUCCUACGGCCGAGCCAAGAUGGAAAGAAACGUCUUCCGGAACCUGACUUACGCGGUGCGGUGUAUACACAAUAGCAAGAUCAUCAUGCUCAGAAACCACAUUCACCACUGCAGAGCAUCAGGCAUCUUUCUUCGCUUGGAGGGUGGAGGCCUAAUCGCCGGCAACAACAUUUACCACAACGCAGAGGCUGGCGUCGACAUCCGGAAAAAGUCCAACCCUCUCAUUCUGUGUAACCAGAUCCACCACGGCCUUCGCUCUGGCAUUGUUGUCCUUGGCAAUGGGAAAGGCAUCAUCCGGAACAAUCAAAUCUUUUCAAAUAAGGAGGCUGGCAUUUAUAUUCUGUACCAUGGAAAUCCGGUUGUCAGCCAGAACCACAUUUUCAGGGGCCAUGCAGCCGGCAUAGCUGUGAACGAGAAUGGCAGAGGCCUCAUCACAGAAAAUGUCAUCCGAGAGAAUCAGUGGGGAGGUGUGGACAUCCGCCGCGGAGGGGUCCCCGUCCUCAGGAGCAACCUCAUCUGCUUUGGCUACUCAGACGGCGUGGUCGUGGGGGAUGAAGGCAAAGGCCUGAUAGAAGGAAACACCAUCUACGCUAAUAAGGGCUGUGGUGUGUGGAUGAUGUCGUCCAGCCUGCCCCACGUCACCAGCAACCACGUCAGCUACAAUGGCCUGUAUGGAGUGGCCGUGUUCAGCCAGAAGGACGGCUCUGGGGAGUUCCCUGGGGGCCACGGGGCCCAGGAGAGCUUCAGCGAGGACGGGGACGCCAUCCUGUGGGAGACGGAGCUGGAGAAGGAUGAGGACCCGCUGCGCCGGCCGGUCACCGUCGCUCUGGUCGAGUCCAACAGUGUGAAUCAUAACGGAGCCUCAGGACUCUAUGUCCAGAGUAGUGAGGCGCUGCAUGUCAUCACCAAUGUGAUCCAUGCUAACGGGGACAGAGGCAUCACUGUGGCCCAGAGCAGCCAGCUCACCCGUGUGGCCAACAACAGCAUCUCCUGCAACCGCCAGAGUGGGGUCAAGGUCGAGGCGCAGUGCAAGGUGGAGCUCCGGGGCAACGGUAUCUAUGACAACAGAGGCCAUGGCAUCAUCACCAAGGGUGACAGCACUGUCGUCAUUGAAAAUGACAUCAUUGGCAACCGGGGCAGCGGGCUGCAGCUCCUGCCCACGUCCGACACGAAGUGCAAGGCCGCGCCAAGGUUCUGGUGCAGGAGAACAUCAUCUUCCAGGGCAAGACCAACAAGACCAUCUUUCAGCAGAUCUCAAACAACCGAGAAUGCAUCAUGCAAAACAACAAGUUCUUGGUCUUCAAGAAAAAGUCUGACACGUGGCGCCUGGCGAACCCACCUGCACGGCCUCACCUUGAAAACUCUCUCCGAGGCCCCUCUGCUGCUCAUGGUGGGCAGAAGGUGACAGCCAUGGCGACCAGGAUCACAGCCCAUGUGGAAGGUGGUUACCACAGCAAACGCAGCAUCUUCUGCACCAUCCUGUGAGCAGGCAGAGCCACGGAGUGGGGAGGCUGGGGGUGGUCCGAAGACUCGGGGAAGCCAGCACAUACGCUGCUCUCAGGCUCAGCCCUGCCCAGCCGAGCUAAGUGGGGUGCAGCCUUCGGGAUGAAGAAGUCAUGCUUAGGAAGGCUCCAGACCCCUCUCUGUCUUCUUACCACCUCCCUGAAAAAAAGCUCCCAAGCCUUCUGGGGACUAAGAACAAGGUACCUACAAAACACUUUAAUUCUACAACCCUCAGCAGGAAGGAACUUGGAAUUAUUUUCCAGAAAGAAAAAGGGAACAGAGUUUGGUGGGUUUCCAGUCCCUCGAGCUCUUGUAGAGAUUAUGAAGAGUUGCAGGAAAUCAAUACUGAAACUUUGGUCAGGGUUUGUGUAUUUGAGUUACAGGGAACUGCGUUUUACACACACCAAACCCAGACUCUUCUCAGGGAAGAAAAGAUUUACUUCUAAGAAUGGGAGGUGAUUCUAGUGAGAUGGAAAGAGACAACUGCCCCAGAAUUUUCCCCUUUCCUAGACCCUCCAGGGACACUGCCACACCCUCCCUGCUGCCUGGAGAGGCUGGAGUUGGGUUCGGUUUCUUUAAGGACACAGUUCUCCUGGACAUGGACCUGUAAGGGAGGAAGGGGACUGGGAUACGGAACCCCUCUUGAGAGGCUGCCCAGGGAUGAUAGGGGUGUGCUGAAAACAGGAGGGGGCGUGUGGAGGUUUCCUUCGAGUGGCUCAGGUGUGCAGGCAGGUGCUGGGCCGACAGCACAGGGAACCUACCCUCAAGUUGCUCCAAACUCAGGAGGAUGUUCGUUAGCUCAGUGCCUGCUGCACGUACAGGGAGGGUUCAAAUCCCACAAGCACACUGAGACCAGCCGCCCCUCCUGAGCACCAGACUGGUGGAGAUGGAGGUGCCUAGGGCCC